UGAGUCGAGAGGCCAAUUGUGCGAGACAAUCCGAAAGAGGCCUUCCACCUACACUCAGCCUACUUGGUGCGAAAUUUGAUUUGCUGAUUUUUGUAUUUUGUGUAUAGGAAAGUUAGAAAAAACCAAUCGAACCGAUUCGGUGGUUCGAAACGUCAAAGCGCACUGCGAGAGAAGAAACGUCAGUGCGGUGGGAGUGUAGCAAACACAAUAAGGCAUCAGCAGUGCAGUGUUUGUACGUUAAAUUCGCCAACAAAUCAAUGACGAUUUUUACUACGCCUUUGUUCCAGUAGCCCAGGACACCCGAGAGCCAUCUGUGGAAUUAGUGGACAGCCAGCCUGGCCUGGGACUCUGGAGGUGGUGGACCCUGUGCCCCGUGGUGGUAAAGGGGCUGUGUGUGCGUUAGUGCCUUGCAUUCGGCACUGCAUUCGACGCAAAUAAAGUGCAGCGACCGUCGCGUAUCCCCUUACGGUUGUUCCGUUCAUUGUGCAGCACAGCGAUGCAUUAGUGUGGAUGUUUACGUUUUGUAGGAUCGACGACGGAAGCAAGACACAUCGUCCUUCCACAGAGGCAGGGGCAGGGGCUGCGGGAGUAAAGCAGAAGGUGAUCGGGUGACCACCCCCACACCACAAGCAGCAGCAGCAGCAAUCGAUAGGUCAGGCCCCGAGCUGCCAGGGCAGCAGUGCGCUUGAUGCUGGCUUGCAAAGACAGUUACGAACAUAAAGAAGAACAGCAUACGCGACAAAGGGGCUAAGGCGAAACAACGACGAGAACGGCCCCCCAUAACGGUUGCUGAAGCACAGAACAAACCGAAACCAUCGGGCUUGCCCGUGUGCUGUACGGUUUUAAUCGUUCUUCGCCAUCACUCCGUUACGCUGCAGGAGAGAAGUGAGGUUGGCUGGUGGACACGGGGUUUUGUUUCUGCCUGGGUCGCUCAAAGACCAAAGGACGAUUUGCAGAUUGUGAUUUUGUGUGUGCGUGCGCGCGCGCGUGUGUGGGGUUUUUUUGCUGUGUUGCAGCAGUGUGUGCACGACGGAACAACCGUCACUACAGCAUCCACAACACACCACCUCAAACAACAUCAAUCAAAACACGGUCGCCCGCCAAUCAAACACGGGUCAACCAUCGGACGCGCCCAACAGUCGUUGACAGCAGCAGCACCAGCACCAUCCGCAAGAAUAAGGUGUACCCAGGAGGAUGUGCACUUGAAGGUCGAACCCCGAUCGGUAGCAGCGAGAUCGACCCUCAGACGCGGUCUGGUCCUGUACUGCGGCUGCCCAACGACCAUGGAGUAAACGCACACACGGCUGUUGGAAGGACUGUUUCCGGUAACGCGCCUGUGUUGUGUUUGUGUGUACGCGCGCGCGAGUGCUGUGGAUACGGUGCAACAUCGAGAACGGCCCCAGCACCACUAGAUGAUGGUGGUUUGGGCGGACGUUGCUGCCGUCUUCAUCGUUGCCAUCAGCAGCCAACACUAGCAGCAGCAGCAGCAGCAGCAGCAACAACAGCCAGCAGCAGUAGCAGUAGGCAACAGUAUCUGGGCAGAUUAUGUAAAAAUCAUCAUCAUCCAUCUGUCGCCAAAUCGAGUGAGCGAGAGACAAAGCGGAUCGCGUCGGAGAGAGCCCAUAAGAGAGAGAGAGAUUGAGAGAGAAAGAAAGAGAGAGAAAAGAAUAAGAGAAAGGAUUUUGGCGCCCGCGAGAAGGAAUGUCAGCGGAGUCGCACCACCAGCAUCAGCAGCGCAUGCGAUUGCAGCACAGCGGUGGAGGAUCAGCGGCAACGAUGAUGGGUGGUAGCGGUGGUGGUGGUGGUGGCGUGGUGCGCUGCAUACCGGCGAUCGUACCACCGCAGGCCGUCAGCGAUCGCUCGAUCCUCGACAGUGUGGCCGGGUUCAUCAGCGACGUGACGCUCCAGAGCCAGAUACCCCUCGGCGACGCCAAGGAUCAUAUCCUCUGGGUGCGGUUCGAAAGUACGGCCGAUAUCAGCGACCCCUCGCUCGGUGACGACUGGGAGCUGGAGGGUGGCAUUGCGCCACCGUUGCUCCUGAUCCUCGGCUACGUGACCGGCGUGCAGGUUUGGAUCGUGCCGGCGAAUGGUGAAGCGAUUGAGGUGCUCUCCUGGCGCCACGGCUCUGUCAAGUGUUUGCGCGUCCUGCCCACGCCCAGCUCCUCCGUGUUCGAGUCCUCACUGCCCGAUCCGUAUACGCACAAGCGGCCGCUCAUAGCGCUGUGCGACAGCGGUGCUGGCUUCAGCUCGACAGGAGGUGCGCCAGGAGGAGGAGGCGGAGGAGGAGGGUCGGGGGGCACAAGCAACAGUGGCAACGCGAGCACUCAGUACACCGCCGUCAACUUCAUCUCGCUGAAAGACGGCGAAACGGUUCGGAGUAUCAAGUUCAAGAGCCCGAUCGUGGAUAUCCUGGCGAAUCGGGCUUCGAUCGUGGUGACGUUCGCCGAGCGAAUCGCGGUGUUCGAUGCGCGCACGCUCGACGACCGGCUGACGGUGACGACGUGCCAUCCGAGCCCGGGCAUCAAUCCGAACCCGGUGGCGCUCGGGCCACGCUGGAUAGCGUACGCCGAGCGGCGCCUCAUCCCGUCCAAACGUUCGAGCGGGGGCUGCGAGGGUGACGGUGUCACCAGCUACACGGCCACCGUGCUGAAUGCAGCCAAGAGCCUCGGUAAGGGGCUGCGGGAGCUCGGUGAGCAGGUGGCUGCCGGGCUGACCGGCGGCGGCAGCAGCCACAGCAGCUCGGGUAGUGGUGGUGCUAGCGCAGUAGCAGCAGCAGCCGGUAUAGGGAGUGGCAGCGAUCGUGGAUCGAUCGGUGGAAUGGGCGGUGGUCUUGGCGGUGGCGUCGGUGGCGCCGGCGGCGGCGGUGCACACGGGCACGGUCAUCAUGUGGGAUCGGCUGGUGGAGGUGAUGGCAGCGGAACCGUUGGUGGAACCAUGGUACACGGUAUCGGCGGUGUGAUGGUGAUGGGCGGUGGAAUCGUCGGUGGCAGCGAUGGCAAUCAGCAGGCAGGCGUCGUGACGGUGCUGGAUAUUAAAUAUCCGAUCAAGGACAUCAGCCCGACGACGGGCACGCCCAUCGCGAGCAAUGGCAACGAUCCGAUCGUUGCACACUUUGUCGCUCAUUCGGAAGCCCUGGUGGCACUGGCGUUCGAUGCACCCGGUAUGCUGCUGCUGACCGCUGACCGGCGGGGUCACGAUUUCCACGUGUUCCGGUUGCAUCCGCACCCGAGCGGGGCUUCGCUGGCGGCAGUGCACCAUCUGUACGUGCUGCAUCGGGGUGACACGACGGCCAAGGUGCAGGAUGUGGCUUUCUCGCUGGAUUCGCGCUGGGUUGCGGUGUCGACACUGCGCGGUACCACCCACGUGUUUCCUGUCACACCGUACGGUGGGCCGGCGGGUGUGCGGACCCACGGUUCGCCGCACGUCGUCAAUCGGCUGUCGCGCUUCCAUCGUUCCGCCGGUCUGUCGAUCGAUGCGAUGCGAUCGAGCAGCCCCGUUUCGCACGCCCUUGGUGCGGGUGGGGCCGGUGGUAGCGGUAGCGGGGGUAGUGGGGAGAGUGGACUCUUUGCUCACCAUACACCAACCGCGACCGCUUACGCGAACCCCCGCACACCGCCGUUUCCGCAUCCGACGACGGUGCAACCGUUGGCACAGCUACGCCAACCGGCAACCCUCGCCGGUACCAGUGUGAGUGGUAUUGGUGGAGUCGGUGGUGGCGGCGGAGGUGGUGGUGGUAGCUCGGGCAAGGGUUCCGGUAUCCAUGGUCAUCAUCACCAUCAUCAUCGGCAGCGCAACUCAUCGUCGUCGUCGUCGGACGAUCCGUCGGUGAAACCGCUGCGGGUUUGUGCCACGUUUGCGAAGGCACGCUCCUGGUUGCUCGAUCCACCCGGGUGUACGAUGCGCGAUACACCCGCCCAUCGCAUCCAGCGCAAGCCGGUCGACUCGCUGUUCAUCCUAGCCGCACACGGUGCCCUCAUCCAGUACGAUCUGGAGCCGAAGCAUGCCUCUGGAACGCCCAAGGAGAAGAUUUGCGACGACACACCGAUCGAGCUGGAGGUGGAACCCAAAGCCCAGUGGUGUCUGCAGCGGCAGGAGAUCGGUUUGGCUACCGGUGGCGAUCUUCAGCCACCGCUCUCGCUGGACAACUGGCUCAUUCGGGACCGUCUGCUGGAGGAAGGACUCGGUGGCAGCGGUGCUGGUACCGGUGGUGGUGUUGGUGGUGAGAGUGGAUCGCUCGACUACGACCGAUUGCAUCAUCCCGGGGCGGGCGUGGUUGGCUCCGAGCAGCAUCAUCAUCAUCAUCAUCCGCAUCAGCAUCCUCACCAUCAGCAUCGCGGGAGCACCGGUAGCAUCCACAUCGGCGGUGACCACGACGAUCGUUGGCUGUCACAGGUGGAGAUCAUCACGCACGCUGGACCACACCGUCGCCUGUGGAUGGGUCCGCAGUUCAUGUUCAAAACCUACAACACACCUAGCGGCUCCCCGCUAUCAUCGAUCGAUACGGAUGCAGUGGAGGUGUGCACGUCUGGCGGUGGAGGAAGCGCUGGUGUAGGAAUGGGGGCACCCGGUUGUAUCACUACCAUAGCCGGUCGGCCCGCACGCUCCAAUCCGAUGAACAUGCCUUUGGUGGGAGGUGGCUGCUAUGAGCACAGUCCGCGCUUGAUGAACAUGAACGAGUUCCGGCACCAUGAAAACCUGGAUACCGAGUUCUCCUCGCUCGGCCCGGUCGAAUCGCAGCUGCGCGAAGAUCUGGCGGACGCGAUGCGCGAAUCGCCACUAACGACCAGCCGCGACGCCACAGGUUCUUCUGCAGCAGGACAACUGCAGCAUCAGCACCAGCAGCCGACGCAUCAUCACCAUCACCACUACCACCACCAUCAUCAGCAACAGCAGCAGCAGCAGCAGCUGAUGUCAGCAAGCAACAGUGCUGCGGUUGCCGCUGCCACCGGUACCGGAUUGUCUUCGGUAUCAUCUUGCUCGUCGACCUCGAUCUACUCGUCGACGCACUCGCUCAGCUCGAUUUGUGAUCAGCAGCUCCAGCAACUGCAAGCCCAGCAGUGCCAACCGCAAUCGGAGCAACAGCCGCAACAGGCGCAGUGGAGAGGAGGGCAACCGUGUCAUCAUCAUCAGCAGCAACAACAGUCACAACAGCUGUACCAGGAAGGCGUAUCCUCGCGACCGAACUCGGCAGCUAGCGGUCGAAAUGCGGCCGGUGGUGGUGGUGGCGGCAUCACGAUCGCGAAGGUCGUCAAUCCACUGGGCACGGUCACAACGAUCAGUACACCGGCAACGGGGGCGGCUGCGGCAGCGGCGGCAGUGAUGGGUGGCUGCAGCGCAACCGGACCGGAGAGUCUCGAGUCGGACGAGUUCAUGCAGGAGUGCGACGAGGCGUACCUGCAUGAGAACUGCGACGAAGCGCUGUUUCGUCCCGUAGUGACGGUGCACGCAGCCGGCUUGGCCGUGCACGAGGUGGCCGAUCGGCGAGCGGCCCCCCGCUAUCGGGGCUCGUCACUGGAUCGCGUGGGUAGUGGCGGACUGGACGAUGUUGCUAACGUUGUCGGUGAGCUAGACUACGAUAAGCGCCCCGUUAGCCAGCCGGCUUCACUGAUCGGACGCGAUCUCAUCGUUCCGGUGAUCGAGGAGAAGAAUCUGCCACAGCGUACCACCGCCAGCACCAAUAGUAAACAGCAGCAGCAGCAGCAGCAGCAGCAUAACAAAACAGCAACUGCCAUCGGUGGUAGUGUGGUCGAGCCCAUCAGCACUAGCAACCGUAAACCGCCUCAGCAAGCAACCGGGGCCGUCGUAGUGGAAUUGGCUACAAAAUCGAAGGACUCCGGAAACCGCACCAAAAGCCAUGAGCGGAGCAGUCGUGGGCGGCAGGAGAAAGGUGGUACCGGUGACUGGACACCGGUCGAACCGAGCUGCCUGGAUUCCGCGGACACCGAGGUCGGUGGCAAACGAGGCGCGAUGAGUUGCGUUAGCGAGGAGUUCGUCAACGUCGAGCUGCCACCGAUGGCAUGUGGUACAGGUAGCGAACAGAAAGGCGAUAUUCUCCCCAAGGCGGCCGGCAGACGUGAGGUUCCGUCCACCGAGAAGACCACUGGUUCGGAACGAGCAAAGGGCAGGAAGGACAUGGGCACAACGACGCGGCAUAGCGAGGACGGAAGGGGUGGAAUACGUAAUAACGGCAAGCGUGGUGGUGGCGGCGGCGGCAAACAGGAGUCCCACGGAGUAGCAGAGGUGGUGCGCGGCAAGGAGGGCAAAGCGAGCGGCCGAGGCGACCGAAAGCACGAGGUGCUCCAGAUGCUGCCAGCUGAAGAUGUUGCCGAAGCGAUUGCCGCGUGCGCCAUAGCCCUACCACCACUCGAGGCACUGAAGAUCGACGACAACGAACUGUUCGGGGAGGAGGACAGUGAUCAACCGGCCCUCGUCGGCGACAGAUGCGCCCCUAUCCGGACCGACGAGGAUGAAGCAGUGGGAGCAGGUCGUGAAAAAACAAAACCGAGCGGUGGUGACCGAGCCUCACCAUUGCUGCCGAAGGCUGGAUUCUGUGCCAGGGUGAGCGAGGAGCAACCGGCACCGGCCCAUACCACCACCACCACCAGCACGGCUGGUGCGCAGGAUGAGUUUUACGAUUUCAGCGCCAAGUACGAGAUGAUGGACUUCGUACAAGCACUGCCACCGCUCGAUGGGCAGACAGCAGCACCGCUGAAGGGUACCGUAUCGACCGACGGAGAGGAGGAACGCACGCUGAUCAGCUUCGAAAGCCCGUUACAGGAGAAGGCUCCCGCGGGGGCUGAGCGAAAGAAGGGAGAGGAUAGGAUCACCUGCGGUGAUCAGCAGCAGCAGGAGCUAUCAGAUCAGCGCCACCAGGUGGCCGAGCAGAUGCAGAACGUGCUGCACGGGGGCAACAUCCUGCUGGCGAUGUGUUCCAGCCUACGGGAAGGCUCACCAGCGAUCACCAUGGCAGCGGCAGCGGCGCCUACUACGACUGGCACCGCGAAAAAGCAGGCAGCACCCCUCGUAAACCAGGACCAGGACUUGGAGUACAAGAGUCUCGAGCCGGAAUCAUUUGGUGGAUGUGCUGGCGACGACGAUGAUACCACCGGCACGCAACAGACAACACUAGCAGCAGUCGCGCAGCCAUCUGACGAGUCGGAACCGUCGCCGAUCGUUACUCUGCUGGAGUCCAGCGACAAUGGUAGACGGCGCCGCAAACACAAAAAGGAGCACGGUGGUCUGGCAGAUUCAAUUCAACAUUCAGCUGAUGUUGCAUCAGCGCCGUCGCCACCAGCGUCUAGCUCCGCCGCCGGCGAGGGCAACAAUGAGGAGAGGGAGGAGUAUGAGGACGACGAAGAGGAGGAAGAGGAAGAUGAGGAUGAAGAUGAGGAAGGAGAGGUGGAAGGGGCGACAGUGGAGCAUGCGGAGGGUGAUGAGGCGGAAGACGAGGAGCUGCAGCCGCUGAUCUCGAGCAACAAAACGUCCUCGUCCUCGCUCUCCGGUACGACCUCCGCUGCCCAAGGCAAACCGGAUGCCGACUGUGCCAUCGGCAAUGUGCAGGCAAUCGCACCCGUCACCCCCAAGGGGCAGGAAUACAUGCGUAUUGCACAACUACAGCAACAGCAGCAGCAGGGGGCUGGCGACGAUGGCGAAGAAGAUGGAUCAACGGAAAUGGUGGAUAGAAACGGCAGCAGCAUGGUGGGCGCGUCUCGCUCAUCGUCACAUGCCCAACAAUCUAGCGCACUGCCAGCCAACACUGAAGCAGUAGACACGGCGCCAGCAACAACGUCUACAGCAUCCAAGAUGGGAUCCGGCUCUAGCCAGCAGCAACGUGCAGCAGCAGCGGCUCCCGGAGGAUCUGGGCAUGGGGGAUUCGGCAGCGGGAACGGGAGCGGUGGAGGCAGUGGGGGGAACGGGAAUGGAAAGAAGAAGUCGAAGAAAAAAAGGAAAUAAUCAAUGCAGGCAAAGCAGCAGCAGCAGCAGCGGCAGCAACGGCAGCAACGGCAGCAGCGACAGCAGCGACAGCAACGGCAGCAACGAACAGUGCUGCUGAUCGUACUAGCAACAUCGUUGGUCUCUGCCGCCUGCAUCGUCCUGUAUGUUGAGCUUUAUGGGCCCACCCUUCUACCACCCAAUACUGUGCGCGCACUAUGAUAGCCAGAGAGAGAGAGAGAGAGAGAGGGAGAGAGAGAGGAAUGCCGGAGAUUACACGGAUUGCUCCCGCUGGCGCGUCCCGCAAAAUCCAUUUCAGUUUAGGUUUCUUUUUUUCAUUUCGAAAAACUACUACUUAAAAUGAUCGCAUAACGCACGAGAGCUCUCUGUUCGACUCUGUUCCCCCUUUUCGGUGUCACUCAACGUCACAAUGAUCAGUCGCUAUACAGCUCUCUUCCCUCCUCCUCUCUCUCUCUCUCUCUCUCUCUCUCUCUCUCUCUAUCUCCCUUUCUUCAUUACUUUCUUUCUACUAGUUGCUAGAAGGUGCAUGGCCCUGGAGCCAUUGCGAGGAAAUUUGAAUUAAAGACGUUGCUCUGCUCUGUUGGAAGCCCAUUUAGCAGAGCUGGGUGAGUUGGUAUAUAAGGGUUGAAAAUGAGCGCGUCGCAUCAAAGCAGGGGUACUAAUCAAGCGAAACGAAAUAUCCGCUCGUGAUGCUAGUUGUUAUAGUUGGGUUCUUAUAGUUGAGCGCAAAUUUUGAGACUACGGUCGUCGGUUAUGACAUUGACUGGUAGCUCGCAAUCCGGGGACGCCGCAAGAUGGAAGGCCAUCUUCAACAAAAAACGAUGAAAAGACUAAAAAUAACUUAUAUAUUAAACUAGUUAAUGCUGUUACAUCUUUAAAUAGACACCAAAAAAAAAAACAAAGAAAAAAGGCAAAGCGUACGAAGCAAGAAAAAUGUUUAAAAAGAAAAGCAAAAAAAAGGAGAAGAGAAUAAUUAAUAUUUAAUCAACCAAAUGCGAGGAGCACGAGGUCACGGUGAACCAGCUGGAAAUGCUCGACCACAGGAGGAGCUGGAGGUUGAAGUGAGAGAAAAAAAUGGAAGGACACGCAUUAGAAAGCAGAGCAAAAAAAAUUAUAUAUAUAUAUGUGUAAGAGCAGAUAUCUACUGAUCGGCGAAAAGGCAAGUAGUUCACGAUCGAUGACUGUUGUUACGGCAAAACAAUUGUUUUUUUUUCGCUGGGAAAGAAGUAAAACAAAGGCACACGCGAGCAAAUGUGAUUAUUUAUAUAUUCAUUGGAGGUAGCGAUAACGCGCGCGAAACUGCGCGAAACAUGCGGAAAACGGAGAGAAACGAACCGAUUAGCGUUUAACAAGGACGAUUAACGAGAUAAAAGCAACAAAACAAAACAAAAAACAAAUAAGGCAAGUAUGAUAGUAAUAAUAAAGUAAAUUAAACAAGCAACCAACAAAACAGGUGAAAGCAAGGCUAACGAAGCAAAACGCAAACAGCAGAUGCAGGCGUUAGGAGCAGCGUGACAAAAAAAAGAACUAUUUUACUUAACCACCGCAGCACAGCGAAGGUAAAACUUCGCUGCGCGCGAAAGUUGUCAAGAAAUGCAUCAAGUGCUUAGUGUGUGGGCGCGGGGAGGGAGAGGGGUGCCAGGGCCAUCCGACCACAUUACAAAGAACAGGCCGGGGUAGGUGUACACGAUUGAUAUGUGCAGGAUUGUGUGAAUUUAUGCAUGUGUGUGUGUUUGUGUAUGGAGUCCUUCGCUAUCAACUAGCCUCGAAAUGGGGACGAUAAGGGGAAGACCGGUUGUAGGGGCGGUGGCGCUUAUUUCAAACUAACCGGGAAGAUAGAACAACGAAAAGCUUCUGCAGCGCGCCCGGAAAGCGUCAUAAAAUGAAAAGAAAAGUAAUAAAAAAAACUGGAAAACCAAAUGAACAACCACGAAUGAUGAAUCGCUUACAACAACAACAACAGUCACGUUGGCUUAACCACGGAACAAAAACACAGGGCUGUUGAGGGGUUGCUCGGGUGUUGCUUUUCUAUUCAUAUGGUGCGUAUUUGAUGUGCUUGUUAUUAUUGCAAUGCAAUGCAGCAGCAGCAGCAGCAACAGUAGUAGCAGACACACCUGUGAACUACAUAGUAGCGUUUUGCUUUGGUGUUUCUGUUCAAUAGAUUGCAAUUUCUGUCAGCUAAUCAUUUUCC